ACCUCAAAUCUUAUUGCCAUGGAAAUGCUGACCCAUCAACAACACCUCGGCGAGUGGUUUCCGUGGCAUGCAGAGCCGUUAAAGCUCGAGUCACCUGGUCCACUCAUGGAGAGGAGAAAAUAGCCUCAAACCUUCCCCGCUUAAAUUGACUUUUCAUGCUUGGGCAAUAACAACCUGUCGGUGUAACAACCUCUAACUUUCAUGCACAACGCGGUGUGCGCUAUUUAAGAUCACAGAAUAUCUUAGCAUCACGUCUCUAUCUGAUGGUUGUACAAGUCACCCAGCAGAGAACAUCCGUAGUGCCGCAGUCACUUAAAUAAAGUCCCAGAGCGCACUUAGAGAACAUGCAGUCUUUUCACAGCUCGCAGUGUGCUCAGAGCUUUGGUUAACCACAGGCUGACUAGAGAAAAGGGCAGGGUAAUAGAAGUUGCUGUGAGUUUCCUAAUUGAACUCGAAACUGCACAAAAUUCCAGCAUGCGAAACGAGCCAGAAGGAAAGACUACAUCUCAGCGGCAUGGGCAUUCGAUACCAUGUUGAAAUGUGGAAAAUGCGGCACGUUGCUGCAGGAAAUCUCUGGGGGAUGAGUUGCAGAGACGAAAGUGAACUUCCUUUUCUAGCCCUGCUGGUAUUUUGAGCUCUUGAGCAACACGUUCCCUCAAGAAAGACAGCUGAGUUCAAGCGAGAGAACAAGCGAGAGAAUAAUGUACAGAAAGUCCUAAUUGAGGAGAGGAAGUAAGACAUGGCAGUGCACGCUCCUGUUAAUGGGACGACAGCCAUCCCGUGGAGAAGCAGCAGGAGGAAACUUUCUUUGCUGGAGAAACUGCGGGGCUGUCAGGAUGCCUGGAGUCCCGAAGCCCCCUGGGACCGGGAGCGGGCGCACGCUGCCAUCCGAGGAGCACCAGCCGGGAGUUUCCUGGUUGUGCGGGACCCUGUGACGUCUCAGCCCUGCCUACUGUGUGUGUCUGCAGGAGAUCAGCAUGGAGAAGUUCUUGAUUAUAGUAUGAAGCACACGGGGAAAGCCUUCCAGCUCACUGAGUCCCAUCUGUCAUUCUCCGAUUUGCCUCAACUGGUGCUUUUCUACUCUCUGACCAGGGAUGUGUUGACCGUCUGCCUCUCCCUACCCUGUUGGAUCUACAGUACAGCUGAGAUGAACAAAGAGCGUCUCUCCCAGCUUGAACCUGCAACUUGGUUGUCUACACCACCUGAGCACCAGACAGAAGAAAUGCCCAAAAAGGAGCCAAGCAUUAUGAUGUGCUCCAUACAGCUGACUUCCUCCAACGGAGCCCUGUGCAUCAUCAAUCCCCUCUACAUUCAUGAACACGGAGACGAAUGGUUGACUCACAGGCCAGCGGCUUUACAGCUAUCAAAUAUCCGGCGAGAGCGACGCCUCAGCACCACCCGGAGUUGGGCGGGGGCUGGCAUACAAAGCAAACGAGCCAUCUCACUGGACCAGGAAUCCAAGGCUGCCGGGGAAGACGGUUCAGGUCUGAUCAGAGCCAAGUCAGCUGAUUGCCCACUCACCCCAAAAACACCAACAGGAGUGGUCCUCAGGAGGUCCAGCCGGGAUUAUGUGUGCAGCGGCCCUCAGAGAGCGAGCACAGGGAGCCUUUCCACUCCCCCCAUGCCAGGGACGCCGGAGCAGCACCGUCACAGCAGCCCUGUGCCUCAGUCUCCUCACAGGGUGUCCUGGAUUGAAGACGGAGUUUGGUUGCCUCCGCCAAGGCCUUCGUCCUUUCUCACGCCUCCGUCGCUGGAGCUCGACUCGCUGUCGAUCAGCAGCAUAGAGGAAGAGCAGGAGACCCAAAUAGCGAGCGCCGCGCCCCACCACCCCUCAGCACACCGUCUGGCUGAUAAAGUCAUCCACCGCCUGUCGGCUGUGGGCCAGGCGCUCGGUGGGCUGGUGUCCCAGAAGAAGAGGCUGACCAAUCGAGUGGUGGAGCUGAGCGAGAGGAAAGGAACCGCAUUUGGAGAGGCGGUUAAAGGAUUUGUAGAGAUGACUCUGAAAGGAGGUUCUGAUCCCAGUGGGCUGACGGGAGCAGAGUUCCUACAGGAAGUGAGGUCAUCCCUCUCGUCGCUCAGGGAGAUUCUGUUGGACUAUCCAGACAUUCAAGCAAUACUGGACAGCCUGACUGACUUAACUGACUCUGAGAUUGACUCCCUGUUGGAGCUCUCCCUCCACAAAGUGGCCUUGAAGCCCAUCUCCUCCCAUCUCUACUCCUGCAUUCACACCUCCCGGACCAAUGACGGCAGCUUCCAGCGUCUCCAGGGAAACUUCCUGGUGCUAGAAAAGAACGGGGUCGAAGAACUCGGCGGGUCCAAAGGAGUCGGAGUCCCUGAUCCUGUCACGCUGGAGAGAAUACAACAGAGAUGGGCUAGCAUGCACGAGGCCUACUCUCCAAACAAGAAGAUCCAGAUCCUCCUCAAAGUCUGCAAGAGCAUUUACCACAGCAUGAGCGCUAACGCUACUUCUAGCCCAGGUUCAGUGUUUGGAGCAGAUGACUUCUUACCAUGUUUGACCUGGGUGCUGCUGCGUAGCAACCUGGUCAGCUUACAGGUGGACACAGAAUACAUGAUGGAGCUGCUGGACCCCACACAGCUACAGGGAGAAGGCGGCUACUACCUUACAACUCUCUACGCCUCUCUCUUCUACAUCACCAGCUUCCAGCCACGGCUGGCUGCCCGCCAGCUCAGCGUGGAGGCCCAGCACUCCAUCAACCAAUGGCACCGCAGACGCACGCUCCACUGCAACAAGUCCCGCCGCAGCGUGCAAAGACGGACAAUCCGCAGGCAGGCGGCCAGACGCAACUCGGGGACAGAAACGGAGAGCAAGAGUGAACGCGGGGAGGAAAACGAGUCCGAAAACGCGGAUGUCUCAGAGCAGCGCACAGAAAACAGCAGCGACAGUCAGUGGACGGUGAGGGAGAACGAAGGGUGUGAACAGGAACUGGAAGACCAGCCACAGACCACCGUGCAAGCUGACUUUGAACCUGCAGCGCAGCAAGAGGUGGCGGCCCAGGAACAGGAAGACGGGCAGAGUGUUUGCACAGAAACGGAGGAGGCCGAAGAUGAUUCUGACGAAGAGCUGAAGGACGCCCUGAGGUGACAAACUUAGCCUGCCAAUAAAUUCGACCUUCAGAGAGUUGGUCAAAGUGUUCCUCCUGGGUCACACGAACCCUUGAUUCCUCUUCUAAAAAAGACACCGCAGUGGAGUUUGCAUUUUUACCUUUCCGAGGGGCGUUUCAUGUUGGCCCCCAAUGCCUCUGUGAGUUUCCCCAUUGUGCAACAGCUUCGUCCUUCUGGUUUGUUGGUGGUUCUAAAUGAACCCAUGUAAGUGUUUCUGCAUAAGGCCUGUUAAAAUCAUUUGUCUAAACUGCACACUGCUUCAGGCCCAAGCUCUCCUCCGCUCUGAACACCGAGAAGCAGAGCCAGACAUUUAGAAGGUGGGCUUCAAUUCGUGUUUCUCCAUCAAGAAACAUUCUCUCGAGGGCUUAUGGUGAAAUGCUUCGCAAAGUUAAUCACACCCUUUCAACUUUUUCACAUUAUGUGACUUUACAACAAAGCACAUCAUCUGCUAAAAGGGCCUAGUCAAAGUUCAGAUCUAAGACAAAUUGAGAAGCUACGGCGAGGUUUGAUAGCUGAUGUUUACAGACGAUCUCUAUCUGAUCUGAGCUGGAGCUGUUUUGCAAAGCAGACUUGGCAAAAGUAAAUCCUUUCUAGAUGUGCAAAGCUGGUAGAGGCAUAGCUACCCCCAUAGACGUACCGCUGUAAUUACAGCAAAUGCUGAUUCCAAAUGUUACCAGGGAGGCCUGAAUAUUUAUGCAACCCUCACUUUUUACUUUUCUAUUGACAAACAAGUUUAAAACCCUUGAACCAUUUUGCUUCCACUGCAGAAUUAGUCACUACUUUUGCGUUGGUCUGUCACACAAAAAAAGCCCGAAUGCAUUAAAGUUUGUGGUAAUGUAACAAAAUGUGAAAAUGUACAAGGUAUCAUAUUUAACUUAAAGAGAUGCGGUUGUGUGAGAAAUGACUAGUACGAAUCAAAUAUGCUCUUCACAGUUCACCUUUCUCCUCUCUAAUUAUUGCAUGUUUGGUUUCUCGACCUGCUCCGGUUUGCAUCAUAGCUGCUGAGAGUCUUGAUUUAAACGCGUACUGCGUUUAUAUUUACCCCAUUUAACCGACGUCAGGCAACAUAUUACACCCUGAUUGUUCCCUCUCAGCUGCGGAUGGCACAUUUAUAACCAAAUGAUUAUCGAAUGCGAAGAAAGCAUCAAGCAAACCAAAAUCACCACAUGCCACACGUUAAAAUCCACAGGACCGGUUUAUUUUGUUAGGCCACCAGAAAAGCCUUCGUCGCUGUCAGACGGAAACCUUCCAUCUCCAAAAAAGCAAACAGAGCCCCCUAUUUGGUUCUGCUCUGAAAAUAAACAACAUGUAACUUGUAACGAUCUUGUAACUGUGAUCACACUGUGGCUACAUUUGCAAGCUGUUUUAUUUUUAUGUUUUCCGCUGGAUAUAUACCAGUGGGACCACUGACAAGUGAUCUGUUUUUCUUAAGGUGCCAACUAAGAUGAAAUUAUCUACUACGACAAUUAAGCUUACAUCAUUUUUUAAUGCAGAUGCAUUUAAUGUUAAAUUAAUUUUGCGAUCAGAUUAAAGUUAUUCACUGAUGUGCUGUUUUUUAUUAUUUUUUUUAUUUAAUUUCAAACAGGCAGCUCUUUUCAGUCAGAAGCAGCACACGCUUGUUUCUUUAUCUCUGUACAUUACCAGAUGUUCGUCAGAAGCUGUCAUAAAUCAGUAGGGUUUAACAGAGAUUGAUGUGCUUGGGAUUAUACGCAUCUGUGCAGCAAAAAACAAGCUUUUAUUUAUCAGGCAUCAGUUCUGUGGAUGUUAUCUGCGGCCUUUUCACAACGUGUGCUUCUUUAAUAAAGUUAUCUUCUUGUCCCGGC